GAUUUCGAUACACUAACUGCUACGAAGGAGGUGGCAUCAUAAUAGGCAGAUGUGAAGGUGAGCUGCUAGCAAUGAAAAUACUUGAUUUCUUUCGUAAUGCCAUGGUAAAAUAAGGAAAAUUUCAAGUUAAACAUUUACUGAUGCAAAGAAAACCCAUAACGUAAAGAAACAAUGAAUAGCACAUCAGAAAAACUUUUAUUUGCUACAAUUGGUGCAAAAGCGCUUUCAGGCUUCUGUGCAUUUUUGGCAUUAUUUAUUACAAGUCACCAGAUAUACACACAUCUCAGAUACUACACCAACUCAGAUCAGCAAAGAUAUAUCGUCAGAAUACUGUUUAUUGUCCCAAUAUAUGCAUUUGAUUCAUGGCUAAGUUUAGUCUUCUUUCAAGAGAAUUACUACAUCUAUUUUAACAGUAUCAGAGAUUGUUAUGAAGCCUUGGUAAUAUAUAACUUCCUUUGCCUUUUGUACGAAUACCUGGGUGGAGAGAUGGCAAUUUUAUCUGAAAUCAGGGGACAAGCAAUCAAAUCUAGCUGGAUUUCCUGCACUUGCUGUCUCUCAGGAAUGCAAAUCGACGUCAGUUUUUUAAGAUUUUGCAAACAGGCAACACUGCAAUUUUGUUUUACAAAGCCCAUAAUGGCAAUCAUUAUCCUGGUACUACAGCCUCUUGGAUAUUACUCAGAAGGAAAUUUUGGGGCUAACCGAGGAUACCUGUACAUCACAGUAAUUUAUAAUAUUUCCUACUCGGUGGCAUUGUAUGGACUGUUCUUAUUCUACUCUGCUACAAAGCAGCUCCUUAGCCCAUACUAUCCUGUUCUCAAGUUUCUAACAGUCAAGUUCGUCGUGUUCCUCUCCUUUUGGCAAGGGGUUGCUUUGGCCGUCCUCGAGAAAACUGGUGCCAUAAAGACAUACCAUAAAAUACCCGCUGGGUCCAUUGCAGCAGCUUAUCAGAACUUCAUUAUUUGUUUUGAAAUGCUGAUUGCUGCAGUCUUAUUACGAUUCGCCUUCCCAUCUUCAGUUUAUCGACAUCAACGAAUUCUCGAAUCAAAGGGUCAAGGCAUUGCGCUUCGAAGUAUUUCCAAAAACUUUCGCCAGACUGUAAACCCAAAUGACAUUGUUCAAGAUGCGAUUCACAAUUUUUCGCCUGCGUAUCAAAAGUACGCAAAUGCACUUCCAACGAAAGAGAAUGAAGUUUCUUCUGGCACUGAAGAGCAACAAGGCACGAGUUAUCAAGUCACCAUUCGUAGCACAAAGCCUAAGGCCAAGGAUGCUGGGGCCAGUGAAACGACAAUGCUGCUCGAUUCGGACGACGAAUUAUGAUCCCAUUGCUAACUAGCUGUAUAUAUACUUUAUAAUGGUCUUGCCCAAAUAGUGCUCGGUAUCUGCAGCAUUUGGGUAUGGAACCUGAGUGAUAUUGGUGAUGGGGAUGCCUAAGUCCAUGGGGAUUCCUUGGCAUGAUUUGAGGGGAGGUUGAUGGAGUGGUGCCUCGUCAUCCAUAAGGUCACUUUCAGUGGUGCCUCGUCAUCGAUGCAGCGCUUCACCACCAAGAUUUGUAAAAAUUUCAUAGCACUUUCAACAUGUAAAAAGGAUUUCAGCAACUCUUAGAGGGUUUUAUGGCCUUUAUGGCACUGCAUUUGAUGAGUUAUUUAUACAAAAUUACACGUUUAAAUUAUGCAGUUUAAAUUAUGCAGUUUAAAUUAUUGUUAUGCAUUCAUUUGCAUUGUCGUGUCAAAGAACGAUGAUAAUUUUGUUAAAUCCAAAGGUGUAGCCAGUUAUUUUCAAAGACAGAAAUCGUUUCCCCUAUCGCUUGGAUGUUGAAUUUAUACAUCAUUUUUCUCUCAGAUUUUAGAAUCAGCAGUCAAGGUAUUAGACUGAUUUAAAGUUCACAUUUUCAACAUUUUUAAAGUUUUUAGGGAAUAAUAUUCUAAGAUUGAUCUUGCAUUUCAGCAUCUGAUGCCAAACUCGGCUAUCUGAAGAGCUAGACGUAAGCAGUCUUCUUCCUGCAAAACGCUUUGUACAUAGGAAUCUUUGUUGCAAAGUCGUUUGGUACAUUUCAUACACAAUAUUUCGCUCUUUUUUCGAGGUUUUGUCGCCUUGCGUAUCUGGCUAUGUGCCAUUUCUUUCUGAUUUGCACUGAAAUUUCAGAGUACCGGCCAGCAAAGAUGCCUGAAACGAACAGCAAAUGUCAUUUGUCAAAUAUAUUUAAAAGGACCCAGCUUUCUCUUUAUUAUCGUGACUUAAAAUGUGGGAUCCUGUACUUGCCGACAGCAUAAGGUAUAGGUCAUCGUUGAUUUUCGCUAAGCUAAGGAUAUAACUGUCAGUGGUGUACAAAAAAUUCAUUAGUGGUAAAAAAAUGUUUAUUAACUGAGGGGGGUGGUGCUACCUUGAUCAGAUGAAGGAGCCUAACUUGAUCAGAUAUAACCUAACUCUGGUAAGGUCUUUGGUUGCAUACGCAUUUUGCAAAUACUCAGUAACAGAUGUUGUCAUAUAUGUAUAUAUUGCUUGGUUUUAGUUUUUUUAUAUGUUAAGACCUCUCCAUGUUUUUUUCGUAUUUUCUUUGUUGAUUAAAUCUGAUUUUGUCUUAGCUUUAGAAUUUGUUUGCAUUCAUGUUCGUUUCUCUUUUUAU